CCCUAAAAAGUAAAAACCAGACUACGAAUUGUUAGUGUAAGCAACAUCAUUCAUUACCCCUUCACGGCUUCACUCCUUCAGAAAACGAAGUAGAAAGCGAGAAAAGAAAGAGAAAAUGGAGGGAGGAGAUGAAGGAAUCGAGAGAAUGGUGGACUCCAAAGAUAUGCAGCAACAAAGCAAAGCUUUCGAUAAGCUUACUGAUCGUGUCGAAGAUCGCCAACUUGAUUCUUCUCGUGUUCAAACGGCGAUGGCAUCAAUUGCUGCUGCUGCUGAAGCUGAUGCUAAUGCUAUGAGAAUGAGGGAAAAAGAAUUGGCUGCUGUAAAGAUCAAUGCAUCCGAUAUUGAUGUAAUUGCAAAUGAACUUGAGCUGGACAAAAAAGUUGCUGAGAGAACCUUGCGAGAGCACAAAGGUGAUGCUGUGGCAGCAAUACGAUCCCUGCUUCACUAGAAGUUUAUAGGAAUUGACACAAAUGAAAUUUGUUAUAUUUAGAACAUUAAUCUGUUCACUAGUAUUUCCCAUCUUCCGUAAACAGUGGGGUGUUUUGUACCUUAAUCAUUUGCGGCAGCUUUUGCCUUUCACCUUUA